AAAAAAAAAUCGCCAGCAGUUCGCCCCACGCACCAUGCGAGCUGGAGAGACGCGUCCCGGGCCAUGCUGAACAAGUGUCCGACCCUGCUGCUGGCUCUGACCGCGGUGGCCGGGCUCGUCCGCCGAUGCCGGGGCUGGAGCGACGAGGACAUGCUGCUGCCGCCCGUCAACUCCUCCAACAGGUUCCUGGCCGACCUCGGGGUGGACGUGCGCCUGUCCAGGAGGUCCGCGGAAGGGAGCGAAGCCUCUCCGGACGCGCCGUCCCAAUGCAACGUGAGCGUGCACAGACUGCUGCCCGCCUCGUUGGUGGCCCGCUGGGACAGCAGCUCCGGUUUCCAGUGCGACGUGCUCAUCUACACCACCAACAACCACGGACGGGCUUUUUUCUCCGCCUCCUUCAACCGGGCCAUCUCGCCCGUGGUCAUCGAGCAUCUGGGGACCACCGGGGGUCAGCAGGAGCUGAGGCUGUGCGUGGGCUGCGGGCUGUCCCCCUACCGGAGGCUCGGGCCGGGCAGGACGAGGGGCCAGCAGAGCGGCGACCGGGUCACCUUCUGCUGCGUGGAUUUCAGCCUCGACGAGCUGAAGGGUGACAAAAGUUGGCGGCUGAACAGAAAGCCCAUCGAGUCCACACUUGUGGCGUGUUUCAUGACUCUGGUCAUCAUCGUGUGGAGCGUUGCCGCUCUCAUAUGGCCGGUGCCCAUCAUUGCAGGCUUCCUGCCCAACGGGAUGGAGCAGAGGAGACCCAGGUGACUGACCUCGUCCAGUCGAGGCCGACCGAGCACGUGCUGCCUGGAGCGAAUACUGGAUCCUGAUUGUAGCCAUGAUACUUCUUGCCACAAUGAACGGGCGACUGUUUAUUAAAAUGCGGGUCAUUUGGAAACCCCCGCAGAGGAUUGAGGUAUGAAUGAAUGAAUGAAUGAGAUCUACUGGGACCAAUAGCGACGUUUUUGUUUUUGUAUAUCUAUCUAGCUUAAACCGAGUCAACGUAAAGUCUGCGCAUUUUUCUCUUUAAACCGCCUUUGUAGUUUUGAACCUUUCUAGAAUGUUUGCCUUAUUCCCCGCGUCCAACUUUUGCACUGCACAUGUACCGAAAGCAAAUAUAAUCCACGUAUUUAUCAAAUGUACGCCUUCUCCCGACAAAGGAGCUGUUUAAGAGGGUUCCCGUGUUUAUAAUGCUAGAUUUAUGAUAUUGAGCUUCAUAUAAAGUGCGUGCUUUAUUUGUAUCUGUAACACUUAUGAACAAUACACGUGACAAUAAAAUACGAUAUGACAUCUAUUUUUAGGUAGCUGCUGUUUAUUCUGAUGAUGAACAAAGAUUUAUGUUUUCUGAUUGCACCUAAACACAACGUGUGUGGAAAUCUUAAAAUGGUGAAAUCUUGCCCAAUGACAAAAGCAUCGGUCUGCUCCUCUUUGGAAGAUUAAAAAAAAAUGCUUCUGUAAUACGAGAGGCGGCAUGAUGCCUGAGAAUGGAACUGAUGAGAAUUUAUCGAUUCCCAUGCCAUUAUCGAUACUGCUUAUCGAUCUGAUUCCUGAUUGAUUCUCUUUUCAAUACUCAGCGGGUGAGGGAAUGAAACAAACAUUAAAUGAAAUCAGUGAUGUCAUUAGGCUUUAAUCGAAUAAGACAAAGCUCUGUUUUAAAUGGAUCAAAGAUGAAUAAAAUCACAAGAAAACAAAGCCACGCAGAACUCUUUAUUUCCUCUCUGGGAUCCUUCAGGUCCGGCUUGAGGGUUUCUGUGGUUAAUUAAUUCUGUAACGUCAUUAAAAUCUCCAAUAAUAAUAAUAAUAAUAACAACAAAGCUUCCAAAUGAAGCGCUCAGCACAGAAAGAUGACUUAUUCAUUGUGCCAACCCCCCCUGCAGGAGACCGGCAACUUAAAGCCAGACGAAUGUUGAGAAAAGGCACCCACCCCAUGCUGAGCUGUUUGACUGGGGGUCUUUGGUUUACGACACACAUUGAACUACACUAGGUAGUUCACGCAGUGGGAUCAUAGUACACCCUCACGUCCAUGCUCGGUCACCAUCUUACCAUCGUGUUUUUCACUUGACUGAAUUGUUUCCCAACGAACAUUGACCAUAAUUCGGAUUUCGCUGGUUAAUGAAGUGAUCCAACUUUUAAACUUAAGACACUUAUCAGCACAAAGUUUCAUUUAAGGGCAAGAAACCACAUAGACAUCCAUCCAUCCGUUAUCCAAGCCGCUUAUCCUCACAUGGGUCACGGAAGUGCCGGAGCCUAUCCCAGCUAGCUACGGGCGAAAGCCUCGCUUCACCUCGAACUGGUCGCUAGUACAACGUGGGGCACCAAAGUCAGACGUGUGUACCACUACACCAUCAGUGAUUAUCACAUCAUCCAUACUAUUAUCAAAAAUUACAUUUAAUAUCACCUUAGUGGUGGUGCUGCAAGUCUUCUUUUCCUUUCGGUUUGUCCCGUUAGGGGUCGCCACAGCGUGUCAUCUUUUUCCAUCUAAGCUUUUCUCGUGCAUCCUCCUCUCUAACACCCACUGUCUUCAUGUCCUCCCUCACCGCAUCCAUCAACAUUUUUUUUUUGGUCUUCCUCGCCACUGUUUUAUGAACUUUGCCCUUCAUCCUAGCGGAGACUCUUCUGUCACAUGACACACCAGACACCUUCCGCCAGCUCUUUCAACCCGCUUGGACCCGUUUCUUCACUUCCUUAUCACACUCGUUAUUGCUCUGUAUUGUUGACCCCAAGCAUUUGAAGUCGUCCACCCUCGCCAUCUCUUCUCCCUGGAGCUUCACUCCACAGCUCAAAUUCAAGCACAUAUAUUCUGUUUUACUUUGGCUAAUCUUCAUUCCUCUCCUUUCCAGUGCGUGUCUCCAUCUUUCUAAUUGUUCCUCCGCCCGCUCCC